CGGCUGGUCAUCGGGGCGAUGCGUGCGCUUGGGGUCCUGCUGUCCCUCGGCUGCCUGCAGCUCGGCUCAGCCGUGGACCUCCAGCCCCAGCUGGCCAGUGUGACUUUUGCCACCAACAACCCCACGCUCACCACCGUGGCCCUGGAGAAGCCACUCUGCAUGUUUGACAGCUCUGCCGCCCUGGUUGGUAACUACGAGGUCUACCUGUAUGUCCUGGCCGAGUCAGCCAGCUCCGGGAACGUCUCUGUGCAGGAUGGCAGCGGUGUCCCCCUGAGCGCCACGUUCAGGCAAACGGAGGGCGGGCGGACAGGCCCCUACAAGGCUGCGGCUUUUGACCUGCAGCCCUGCGGUGAUCUGCCCAGCCUGGAAGCCAUCGGGGAUGUGUCUCAGGCCUCGGAGAUCCUGAAUGCGUACCUGGUCAGGGUGGGUGGCAACCGCACCUGCUUAUUGGACCCCAACUUCCAGGGCCUCUGCAACCCACCCCUGUCGGCGGCUACAGAAUACAGGUUCAAGUACGUCCUGGUCAAUAUGUCCACAGGCUUGGUACAGGACCAGACCCUCUGGUCGGACCCCAUCCGUACCAGCCGGCUCACCCCCUACUCUGCGAUCGACACGUGGCCGGGCCGGCGGAGCGGAGGCAUGAUCGUCAUCACGUCCAUCCUGGGCUCCCUGCCCUUCUUCCUGCUCGUAGGGUUCGCAGGCGCCAUCAUCCUCAGCUUCGUGGACAUGGGGAACGCUGAUGGAGAACUGACCCACGACUCCCAGAUCACGCAGGAGGCUGUCCCCAAGUCCCUGGGGGCCACGGAGCGCCGCCUGGCACCUGCAGCCCCCGGGAGGACAAAAGAACAGGUGUGCAUGAUUUCGGAUAGCACCAAGUACUCAGCACAGAGAGAUCAGAGGUUGGAGAUCGAAGCGGUUCAUAAGCGCGUGCUGCAGGAUGCGGCUGAGAAACGUCGCUUCCUGGGCCCAGCGCGCUCGCCGCCCCACUUCGCAGACGGGAAGACGGAGAGGCAGAGCUGA